AUGCAGUUGACUAUGUGGGAAGGUUGUUUCAUGAGCACUCAAUCAGCACCUCCUUGGUGGCUCAUCCGCCGAACCCGAAUUACCCAAUCUCUAAGACCUUUCAGAGCUCCAUCUCAAAAGGAUUUUUUUUCUUUUACCUUCUCUUCGGACUGUUUCCCUUAUGUUCAACCCAUCUUCUGCGAUGAACUAUCACCCAUCGCAAGUUCCUCUUUAUUAACGUAUAUCAUCCCUUUCUCACGAUCUCAAUUCAUGUCUUCUAAUCAUACACUUCGGGGGAACAUAACCUGGGAUUGA